AUGGCAUGGAGAAGUAGUGGAAACACAAAUAAAGAGCUCGUUAAUAACUUGAUUAAAAAUGCUAUUAUUCAAACAGAACGAGUAAAAAACGCAAUGUUGGCCGUGGAUCGCGGAGAUUUCACACAGACCUGCCCUUAUGAGGAUCGCCCACAAAGCAUUGGGUAUAAUGCAACAAUAUCUGCGCCUCAUAUGCAUGCUGCCGCUCUAGAAUUUCUCAAUGAUCACUUAAAAGAAGGAGCAAAAGUGCUUGACGUUGGAUGUGGAAGUGGGUAUCUGACAACCUGCAUGGCCUUAAUGGUCGGCAGUACUGGAUCAGUCAUCGGUAUUGAUCAUAUCAAUGAACUUGUGAACGAAUCAAUUCGAAAUGUAAAGAAACAUCACAUUAAUCUUCUGGAUAACGGAAAUAUUACUUUUAUCACGGGAGAUGGGAGAAUGGGAUAUUGUGCAAAAGCACCCUAUGACGCUAUUCACGUCGGAGCUGCUUCAAAAGGCUUGCCACAAGAGCUUGUCGAUCAACUUGCGGAAGGAGGUCGAAUGAUGAUUCCAGUUGAACUAUCAUCUGGAAAUCAGGUUUUCACUCAAGUUGACAAGCAUAUUGGCGGAAGAGUAACGGAAAGUGUCGUUGAACAUGUUAUAUACGUGCCUUUGACAAGUCGCGACGAGCAGCUUAAAAGGAACCUAAAUUGGUAA